AUGAAGAUUCUUUUCCAUGCCUUGGCACUGCCACUGGCCUUUCACUUCCUGUCUCUCGCCCACGCCAUACCCAGUCCCGAAGCAGCUCAUGGCGGCUCUGCCCAAGCCACCAACACCACCGAUGAUGCCAUGACCAUCACCCCACGUCAAUCCUCCUGCCUUUCAACCGGCACCCAGUCGACCAUAAACGCCCUGUUCUCCUCCGGCGGUGCCAACACCAUCGUCUCACUCUGCCCGGGAGUAACCAUUCCCAUCACCGCCCCCGUCGUCUUCACUGCUCCGGGACAGGAACUAUCCACCCAGGGUUACCCAACCGAUUCCAGCCGGGCCACCAUCCUGAUUCAGCCAGGCAGCACCGUCACCUCAGCCAUCCGCGGUAACUGGCAAAACAACGUCAAGGUGCUCAACAUCCAGGUAGACGGCAACCAGCCCAAUGCCGGCUACUUUGGGGGUGAUGCUCUCUUGGAAAUGGCUUGUGGGCGGAUGGGAAGUAUCACAGGUGCCACAGACGGCGGCAUCGUAAUCUUCGGCUCCCCCGGCUCCCACAUCCUCCGCAACACAAUCACCUCCUCCUCCUCCGGCCUGCAAUUCGGCGGUAUCAACAUGGUCGACCCCACCUGGUCGGGCAACUACUCGGGCGUCGUUGUCUCCUCCAACACCAUCACCGGCGGGCCAGGUAGCUUCAUCAACUUGGGAAUCGGCAUGGGCUCCCAAGUCUGGAGCAACCCGCACCCGGAAACCAAUUUCGGACAAGUCACCGUCACCAACAACGUGUUUACCGGCAACGUCGGCUUCUCCAUCGUCAUGAACGGCUGGCUAGGUGGUCUCACGGUGACGGGUAACUCGGUCAGCGGGGUAACGACCCCUUCGUCCUCGUUCGCUUCGGCGUCAGGGUGUGGAGCGGUGCAGCAAGCUGCUUUUGCGGAUUCGGAGCAGUUGGUGUAUUACCCGGCUGGCGUGACGGGGUCGUCGGGCCCGAAUGUCAUACAGUCGCAGUUUACUGCGCUGUCGACGAACGCGUCGAACUGGCUUUGCCUGACGAAUCCGGCGCCGCCGCUGCCGGACACGAAAUCCUUUUUGCCAAAUACGUUGUCUGUGGAUGCGUCGACUUCAAGGGUGGUUUCGCUAAGGGACUUUCAUGUGCAGGUGCAGGGUGACGGGAACGUGGUUGGGAUUGACACGACCGGAGGCGUGUGGACGGUCAAGUGGGCGAGCAGUCGGUUCUCGUCGGCUUGUGGGCCGGAUGGAUCGCAGUGUUUGCUUGCCUUUGGGAUUGACGGAAAUUUUGUCAUGUACGAUGGGAACGGACCGCUUUGGGCGUCGGGAACAGAUGGCAGUGGGCAGCUGUUGACGUUCUCGAGGGAGCCGCCGUGGGUGACCGUUACGGGGAGCAAUGGGCAGACGUUGUGGACUAUUGGGAAUUUGUAG